UUAAAGCAAACACUAUUCUAUACAGCCCACGCAAAAAGUUCAAACCUACCAUCUUUACUAGCGUCAUCCAUGCACCCAUGCACGUCAAAUCUCUUAUCUACUAUGAAGAUUUAGAGGCCUAUAAACUCUCUCAACUUAUUUCUACCUUCUGCCUGAUCCAAGCUCUCAUUCCCCCUACUCUCCAUAAAAUGUUCAUGCCAUUGUUGCUGCUGCCCUCUCUCUUUUCCACCAUAGUUUUGGCUGGAGGAGCAAGAGAUCGGCCGCCUGCCAUAUUCGUCUUUGGUGAUUCUCAUGUUGACUCUGGAAACAACAACUACUUGUUAACUACGCUCUCAAAGGCAAAUCACUUUCCUAAUGGCAUCGACUUCAAGGCCUCCGGUGGCAUGCCCACCGGUCGAUUCACAAACGGCAGGACCAUGGCUGAUAUUAUCGGGGAAGAAGUAGGACAGCGAAAUUAUGCACCUCCAUUUUUGGAUCGAUAUACAGCCGGUGCUGCUCUGCUGAAUGGGGUCAAUUAUGCAUCUGGAGCAGGGGGAAUAUUGAAUAAAACUGGGGCGCUAUAUGUGAGCCGACUAGGAAUGGACGUUCAAAUUGAUUACUUUAAUAGCACCAGGCAACAAUUGGAUGAAUUCUUAGGGAAGGAUGAAGCCAGGGAGCUAGUGCAAAACGCAAUUUUCUCAAUCACCAUCGGAGCAAAUGACUUCCUCAACAACUACCUGACUUUCAUAACAGAUUUUGAACAACCAGAUACAUACACAAAUGGUCUCAUGAUUGCGCUAAGAGAACAGCUCACUAGGCUUUACUACCUUGAUGCAAGGAAAAUAGUGAUGGGAAAUAUAGUGCCAAUUGGAUGCAUUCCUUAUCAAACAUCCGUAGCACCAGUUGACGAAACAGGUUGUGCUGCGUUGCCUAACCAGUUGGCUACCAUGUAUAAUAGGCAAUUGCGUCAAUUGCUUUCUGAACUUAAUCAAAUCCUGCCUGGAUCAAAUUUACUUUAUGCCAACUUGUAUGAUCUGUUCAUGGACGUCAUCACAAAUCAUAAAUCCUACGGGUUUGAAACAGCAGUAGAUGCUUGUUGUGGCAAUGGAGGGGUUCAUGGGGGCAUGAUUGCAUGUGGCCCAGCAUCCAGCCUUUGCGGAGACCGUUCAAAGUAUGUAUAUUGGGAUCCAUAUCAUCCAACAGAGGCAGCUAAUUUGAUAGUUGCGAAGAAACUUGUCCAUGGGAAUGCAGCAGACAUCUCACCAAAGAACAUUCAGCAACUCCUAUAAAUAUGUCAUUUACCACCGCUCAAGCCUCUGUGUCACUGUUUAACGAGAUCAACUCACGAUUUUGUUCUUGUAACACCGAAUGAAUACGGUUGAUUUCAGAUCUUUAACUAAAUCAAUAUGUAUGUACUAUAAUAGAGAGAAAAAAA